AUAUCUUAAAUUCCCAGAACUAGUUUAGCUUCACUCGGUUCUGCGUGUUAUCAGAAACCUUUAACAUAAGGAAGCUUCGUCCUUUCCAGUCCUGAUUGUUAAUGGAUUCAAAUGGUGAAGAACCCAGUUCGUGGGAAGAGCUUUACAGUAUCAACUGGAUACCAUCAGAGUUGUUUCUCAAGUUCCGGAAAGAACUUCAGGGUUUAAGGGUCGGUCUCAAUUUGGAGUUCUAUAAUGCUCCAAUCAAUGAGUGUCAACCAAAGAUUGUGUUCAAGCCGUUAGCUACUGAUCGGAGGUGGAAGUUCAUCUAUGAACCUAUCCGUCAAGAUGUCCGUGUUCUUUCCAAGAAAAUUCCUCUAACUAAUUUUCUAAAUCUUCAGGUUGGCAUUGGCCAUAAUUUUCGAAUGAAUGCAACUGGAUGGAAAUGGAAGCUCACUACAUGUUUUGGUGGAGAUGGGAUAUCUCGGAUUCGGAAUAAGACAUCACUUGGCGUGUGCCCUGGUGUAGAUUUGCGUUUUGGGUGGAGGGCAGAUUAUGUGCUUCCAGAAGUUACUGGGGCUCUGGGCACUGGUGAAGCCUUGUUUAACAUGAGCACAGGGAAAUUAGAAGCAUCACUGGAUAGAGUUGAGGGCAUUCUAACACACUAUGAUAAGGGCACUCUAACGUGCGAUGACACAAAUGAUCUAUACGACUAUAAAGACCAGCAGGAGCCAGCAGAGGACUGAAACAGAUGAACUACUCGUCUACUCAUCACAGUGAGCACACCAAUCUUAAAAAACAGCGUGAUCUUUAUUAAAAUAGCACGCUACGAGCUUGUUAGUGUUUCUAAUGAUCAUUCAACAUGGGGUCAUCGUAUAAAUGAUGUUUAAAUUUAAGCAGUUAAAAGUUUUUUUUCUAGUGUUUUCACCGUUUGUUUUCACAGUAA